UUAUUACGCAUGGUGUGGCGAUUGGACUUAUGCAGUGAAGAGCCAUUGUGGUUUACACUGAAGGUGUUUUACUCAAUCAAUCAUGCGUGUCCAUUGGAUGUGCGGCAAGUCAACAACUUCAACUCACCAGAACGCCCAGUCUACUUGAACUGGUACGUAUUGUUGUUUUUCUUGCAAACUUUACACGCUCUUCGAAUGUAGAUGACGAUUAUGACCCAUCCCGGGUCACACAUCUGACUGCUUUGAAAAAAAAUCUAGUUUUCACGCGCUUGAUACGUCUUUCUGCAUCGAUCCCAUAACAUGAGUGAGGAGUUUAUCACUGGCGUGCGAUACGCCUUGACGGUGUGUGCCGUGGUGGCAGCCGUGGCCAACCUCCUGGUGUUAGUGGUCUUCGCUCGGACCAGCCGUCUCAGGAUGAAGUACUACGGCCUUCUCAUCAACCUGACAUUGGCUGACUUGUUCUACGCCGUCAUGGCCAUCGCCUUCACCUGGGGCGAGUCUGAUCUGCUCUUCCUGAUCUUCAUCUCCGGCUACUUCGUGGGCGUGUGGACGAUCCUUGCCGAGGCCGUCAACCGGUACCUGGCCCUGACCUUCGUGGACACGGCGCGCUACGACGAGCUGGUCACCAGGAACCGUUUGGUGGGGAUCUGCGCGCUGAUCUGGGUCGUCUCAUUUGCGGUCGAGAUCCUACCGGCAUACCUGGCUCACGAAGACGUUUACCACAUCAUUGAAGGAGUUGUUAAGCCUUUGGUCGUCUUCGCAUUCUGGCUGAUCACUGCUGGGCUUUACUUCGUCGUGUUCCGUAAGAUUCGACGUUACACCAUCCAUCUCGCGACCUCCAGCCCACCGCUGCAGAAGCCAACCGAGGACCAUCAGGUCCGUACUCGGUUGAGUCAGAUCCGUCGCUUGCUGGUCACCUUUAUGUUAAUUCUAGUCACCUCGUUCGUCUGCUGGAUGCCGUUCAGCGUGAUCCAGAUGGUCCAAUUCUUCCACGGAGAUCUGGAAAACCUAGAGGCAGCCUAUUGGAUGUCCGGUGCGAUCUACUGCCUGGCGCCCUUGAUCAACCCGUUCAUCUACUGGUUGCGGCUUGACGGUUUCAGAGAGGGUUGGCACCAGAUGUUCUGUGGAUGCUUCGAGAAGGAGUCCAGCCCAAACAUCGAAGCAGAAAACACCAUCUCCGAAACGGGCUUGUAGGAAAAAAAACCCUCUUUGAUAUCAAAGAAAACCCUUAGUACUAAGGGUGCAUCAAUACAAAUUGGCGCCAAUUUGUUUGGGAAGGGAGUCUCUAACGUUUAUUGAUUACAAUUUUAAUCCAUUAUUAAAGGACCUUUGUUCAAAUAGUAUUUAACAGCAGGAUCAUUGCUACAUUAUUCUUUUAAAUCACAAUUACGUUUGACUAGAAUUUGAGAAAACAUUUUGUGUGAGAGCGAAAGUUUAGAUUAUUUAACAACUAAACAAAUAUUUAAUAAAUUACAAUAUGGUGGAGAGGGUCAGAUUUUAAUUCAUAUUGGUAAUUAACAUUUGAAACUGAAUAGUAGUUGUGGUGUCUAGUAAUUUAAACUCACAUUAGUAAUGGAAGUUUUACAAUUUAUAAUUUGUACAAAUAUGGUAUUCCAGAUAGGCUAAUGGUUUUUCAAGCUAAAGUUGAGAAAGAAUUUCCUUUUUUUUCGAACUCGGCACACCUUUGUCUUCUUCAAAUGGUGUUCUAGCUCAGUUUGUGAAUUUUGUGAGUUUGUGAAAUUUUAAAUUUUCGUUUCAUAUUUUUGGUAAUAAUAAUUGGUGUCGGUGUUGAGCUGUGAAGUAUAUCUUUGAAUUGUUUUCAUUUUUUUUAAGCCGCGUUUGGUUGUUCAAAUUGACUUUGAAUCUUUUGUAAGCAUGAAAACACGCACCAGCAAUUACGCUGAAAUCAGAAACAAUAUACGCAACAUAAAUUCACUCCACAAAACAGACAAGUCAAGAAUUAUCAUAAAUGUUUCUCUUUAUUUAAAUUAUGUUUUCUUUUAACCCAAAAUGAAAACUAUUUCUUAAAGACGUUCAGUGAAUACCCUACUAGGCGAGAAACCCUAUUAGCAACAUCCCACUUAAUAUAACAAAUCCAUGUUCCUUUUUUCCCCCCGAGGAAAAACUAUUUCUGCAAAUCUUUUGAUUUUGGUUAUUUAUAUCUUAAAAGGUCACCAUAAAAGAAAAAAAAACCC